AUGGCAAUAACAGGCGCCAAGGAGCUGCCUUCACCAGGACCGCAUGAGCCCACUAUUAGCGACUUAGUCCAGAUGAAUGAGGUGAAGCUUGAGCAGCUUAUGGCCGAGCGGAGAGAGGUAGCCCUGCGAGGCCCCUGCGCAGGAUUCAUGGCCGCUGUGUGA